AUGCCGAACCCGCUCAAGCUCAUCUCCUUCCUCUCCUCCCUCCGCGCCAUUUCCGCCGCCGCCUCGAAUAACUACUCACCGUUCCUCGACCCAAUCUUAAACGAAGCCCGCUCACCACUACUGCUCGAGCGGCGACAGCAAUGCGCUAACAAUGGCGUCUCAUGCGGCAACCUCAAUAACGCUCUCUGCUGUCCAGAAGACACAAUCUGCGCGAACGACAGUGCGGGGAAUGUUGGGUGCUGUCCGAUCGCGGCGGUGUGUACGGGUACCGUGAAUGGGCAGCCGGUCACUGCGACGGGGACGGUGAGUGGGACGGGCACGACGGGAUUCGUGUUGGGUGGCAGCACGGCUGCGGGGUCGACUACAGUCACGCAGAUAAGUCAGACGACAGGCGGCAGUCUUCAGAUACCCUCGACGGGCGUCUCGGGUGGAGGAUCAACGGUGCAGGCUGCGGGGUUCGUGUUCACAUAUAUCCCGACGUCGUACGCGAAUGCGCAGCUGUGUCAGACAGCGUAUUCGGUGUGUCAGCAGCAGUCGACAGCGUGUCUGCAGUCGUUGGGCGGGUCGAAUGGGGUGACUGUUGGGGUGUUGGGUGGGGGAGGGACGACGGUGACGGGUGGGAGUGGGGCGACGGUGACGAAUGCGGCGAGUGUGUGUUCUUCGUUGAGCUCGCAGGCGUGUUAUGGGUUGCAGGAACAGCAGUGUACGAAUUUUGGAGGGGCGACUGGUGCAGUCGUGACAGCAACCGGGAAUGCAGCAGGGCCACGACAGACGGCGUGUCCAGGCAUGGUGUAUGCGGCGGCGGGGGCCGGCGUUGCGUACGGUGCGAUGAGGGAGUUGCUGUGA